GUCCUUACUUUGUGCUUGUAAAGAUUACAAUGUUCACAAAAGAGUAAGUGCGUGUUUACUGCAUCGCCUCACGUUUAAUAACAAGUAGUAAAUUAUGAACUAAGAUUUCUAAAGACACAAUGCAAAACUUGGCACGUUAUCUCAUCUUUUUUCAGUACAUUGGGACAAAAUACAGAGGUGUUGUAAAAGUCCCUUCAAGUCAGCUGGGUAAGAAAGGGGUUCAGGAUCACUUGGAGGAAGCAAUUCAUAGACUCAGGCCAAACAAUGCGGUGUCUCUGUCGGUGUCCAGCAGGACAGAUACGGGCGUCCAUGCCCUUUCCAACUCCGCUCACUUCGAUCUCGUGCGGAAAAACGACAAGCCUCCGUUUACUGAGGAUGUUUUGGUUCAAGCUCUCAAUUUCCACCUAAAGGCUGAGGAUAUCAGGGUCACCCAUGCCCACCGUGUCCCUCAGGACUUUCAUGCCCGUUUUAAAGCCCGUUCUCGGACCUAUGUUUACCGGAUAGCUCUGGGCGUCUCCCACCACACUCUGCUUCCCCUCACAGACUGGAAUCUGUGCUGGAGCCUCCGCAACACUUGCAGAGAGUUACCGUUCUGGGAGCUGACCUUUAGAAGUCGAUCUUUCCUCUAUAAGCAGGUGCGGAGGAUGACCGGGGCCCUGGUGGCUGUAGGCCGGGGACAGCUGUCCGUGUCUCAGGUCAAACAGAUCCUGGACGCUCGGGACACGCUGGCCUACCCUCAGGGUGUGGUUGCUCCAGCUCACGGCCUCUUCCUUAGAAGUGUAGAUUACAAAGAGUCAGAUCUACAGCUCUCCCAGCUGCCUGACUCGCCUGACGAUCCAAUAAAAAUAUCCUGUUAGAAUAAGUAAAUAUUAAAAAUAAACUCUAUGUGGGGGAUUGAGUUGAGUCACUGUUGGUUUUGAGGAUCCACUUUUGCCUUUGUUUUUUGUUAAAUUAUCUUCAUUUCUGAUGUCUUGCUUCAAUGCCCUUAAAUAAAA